AUGCUGGCCGCCAACAGAAUGGAGUCGAUGGAGCCGCUGUCGUCGCGGCGACAGCAGGUGUUCAAGGCCUGCGACCCCUGUAGACGGCGCAAGGUACGCUGCAACGGCCAGCAGCGCUGCCAGCAGUGCGAGCACCUGGACCUGCUGUGCACCUAUAGUGACAAUCAACGUUCCCGGUCUCGCAAGAAUGCUCUGCGGCGAGGCACCGUCAUCUCCGAGUGCAAGGUGCCCGUGCCCACCCCGAGCAAGAGCGAGCCGCCUUUGACGAUGACCUUUGUGCCACCCCUGUCGCCCCCGGAUCUCUCAGUCCCGCUCUCAACCGCCUAUCUCCACAGUCUCAUCCCGAAGUAUAUGGCCUUUGUCUACCCGUUCAACCCCAUCAUGACCGAUGAGGAGAUCCGGGAAUCGAUCCGCAAGAUGGACGGGGAUAGAGACCACGCCGCCUUUGUCCACGCGUUCACCGGCGUGACCAUCGAUCUGACACAGUCGAAUGUCGCCACAUCACAUGUCUCCGAGCAGAUCGACGAGCUUGCGCGUCGAGCCAUCGAGCUGCGGACGUCGCUCCUCCCGGGGUUCCGCCCGUCGAUUCUCCGCGCCGUGACUAGCGUGUACAUCCAGAUGCUGUACAUGAGCCUGGGCCAGUAUGACCUGGGCUUCUACUACCUCCGCGAAGCCAUCAGUAUGGUCCAUAUGCUUCGCAUCCAAGACAAGGCCGUCAUGGCCAGUUUGGAUCUAGCCGAGCGCUCCCGGCGCCAGCGGCUGUACUGGCUCUGUUUCAUCCACGAGCGCUUCAUGUCCAUCUUCCACUUCUCGCCCGCGACGCUGUCGCCAUACGCGCAGUUCCCCGAGGAAGAUGUGGGGCUGGACCCGGGCAUCUCGCAGGGCUGGACGCAGGUGAUCAAGACCUUCCUGCUGCUGGAACCGACGUUCAUCAGCCUGUGGAUCGGCGACCGUAGCCAGGUCACGGUGGCGUGGGUGGAGCAGAAGCACCGCGAGCUCGAGGACGAGCUGUGGGAGCUGGAGGUAUCGAGCCUGACGGACAUGCAGCAGGCGGAUCUGGUGGUCACGCGGCAGUGGAUGCGCACGCUGCUGUGGCAGAUGGCCAUGUCCAACUGCCUGCUGUCGUCGCACGCGUCGUGCCCGUCGCUCUCGCUGGAGAUGCCGCUGCGGCUGUCGAGCCAGCUGCGGCAGUUUCUCACGCGGAUCUCGCAGAACACCGUCCAGAUCCACGGAUCGUCGCUGCUCAGCAAGCUGCUCGAGAUCAUCAACACAAUUGCGGAUGUGGUGAUCCAUGGGCCGCAGGUGACGCUUGAGGAGACGAUGAGCCGGAUCGACGAUAUUCUAUUCAUGAAGGAUGUGAUUUUCUCGUUUCGCAACCUGCAGCAGCUCUCGAAAAAGAUCCUGAUCGAGAAGUUGUAUUUGAUCCAGGAGCGGUUUGCGCAUAUUGAAGGGGCCUCGCAGUUGGAGUUUGACCUGGUGAAUACAUGUGAAGUUGCCGAUGCUCUACCAAUUGUUGCCGGGCUGGUCAUCAUGACUGUAAAGUACCACACCUCUUCCUAUCAACCCAUCAACAUGGCGAACGCGGAGGCCUUGAAGAAGAUAGAUGCGGGAAGCGUCUUCCCAAGAACUACCAUCCCAGAUCUCCAAACGAGCAUGACGCUCUGGUACCGCCCAUCCACUCUACGCAGCACCUCGACUCCCGCAAUCGUCUUGAGACAGGCCGGCAGUUAA